AUGGAGAAAACAGCAGCAGAAAGCCCGUGCCACGUCAUCCUCAUCCCGUACCCCAGCCAGGGCCACAUCAACCCCCUCCUCCAGUUCGCCAAGCGCCUCGCCUCCAAGGCCGUCCGCACCACCCUUGCCGCCACCCACUACACCGCUGCCUCCAUCUACGCCCCAGGCGUGGCAGUCUGCCCCAUCUCGGACGGCUUCGAUCGGGCCGGCUUCUCGGAGGCCCGCAACUGCAGCGCCUACCUCGACUCCUUCCGGGCCCACGGGUCGAGGACCUUGUCGGAGCUCAUCGAGGGGGCCGACCACCCGGUGACUUGCGUAGUGUACGACGCGUUCCUACCGUGGGCUCUGGACGUGGCCCGGGCCCACGGCGUGCACGGGGCCGCCUUCUUCACCAACUCGGCGGCCGUUUCCGCGGUGUUCGGACACGUGCACGGGGGCACGCUCAAGCUGCCCCCGGAUGUUGGGGAGGGGCGGAAGAUCAUGCUGCCGGGGCUGCCGCCGCUGGGGCUGGAGGACCUGCCGGGGUUCAUUAGGGAGCCGGAGAGCUACCCGGCCUACCUGGCGAUGAAGUUGAGCCAGUUCUCCAACCUGGACGAGGCAGAUUUCGUCUUCUGUAACAGUUUUGAGGAGUUGGAAGGCCAGGAAGCAAAAAGCGUGGGAAAUAUAUGGCCAGCAAAACUGAUAGGCCCAAUGGUGCCAUCAUCAUACCUUGACGGCAGAAUCCAAGGGGACAAGGGUUACGGCGCCAGCCUAUGGAAGCCGCUGAACAAAGAGUGCUCAUCCUGGCUCGAGACUAAGCCACUCAAGUCAGUCAUCUACGUCUCGUUCGGCAGCAUGGUUUCCCUCACCACCAAGCAAACACACGAGUUGGCAUGUGCCCUGGCCCACUCAGCCUCUCACUUCCUCUGGGUCGUGAGGGAUACCGAACGGGAAAAGCUCCCGCCCGAAUUCUCAAAUUCCACCAAAGACAAAGGCCUGAUCGUGUCGUGGUGCAACCAGCUGGAGACGCUGGCCCACCCGUCGAUCGGCUGCUUUGUGAGCCACUGCGGGUGGAACUCAACUCUCGAGGGGCUAUCACUCAGGGUGCCUAUGGUGGGCAUGCCCCAGUGGGCCGACCAGAUGACAGACGCAAGGUUUAUAGAGGUGUGGGGUAUAGGGGUGAGGGCUAGAGAGGACAAGCAUGGGGUUGUGACGAGGGACGAGCUUUUGUCUUGUCUAAACCAGGUGAUGGGAUGUGAGGAGAUUAGGGGGAAUGUUAGGAGGUGGAGUGACUUGGCUAAGAGGGCUUGUGAUGAGGGCGGGAGUUCGGAUAGGGCCAUCCAUGAUUUCGUCGACCACUUGAAGAAAAAUCAAAAUCGGCUCUAG